GGGAAAUUUCAACAUGGCGUCCUCUCUGCGAAAAGGGGAAUCAAAAAUUGAGUCAAAUGAUGGAGAAGAAGACUCGUUUGUGUUUGUCUACGAUCGAAGAAGUGGUGACAAUCCCGAGACAAAGAUACAUACUGGAGGCCUGUUUAGUUUUAAUGAUUUCAAAGGCCGUGUUAGAGAGGCCCUUGGUAUUGGUGCUUCAGAAAAGUUUGUGAUUGCAACAACCAACAGAGAAGAAAUACAUGAUGAUGAGACUUGGGAUCAAGUUGACAAUGAGUUCACCCUGUAUGUUCUACAUGAUGUCAACCAGGAACUCACUGCACCUGCGGAGGAGAGGGUCAGCUACUUACCUCAUUAUGAUACUAUUGUCAAGGGAGGGAUGUAUGAAUACUAUGCCUCAGAGGGUCAAAACCCACUACCCUAUGCAUUUGCUGAGCUCAUAGACAACGCACUUGCUGCUACUGCGGACAAUGUAGGGAGCAGAAACAUUGAGAUAAGACUGCAUUUUGAUGAUGCCAAUCCAUCCAAAAAUUAUGUAUUUGUGAUAGACAAUGGAAAAGGGAUGACAUCUAAACAGCUGAAUAACUGGGCUAUAUACAGACUUUCAAAGUUCAGGAGGGACAAAUAUGGAAAAUUAGUAAACAGAGAGGACGACGAUGAUAAGAGAUCAGAUCCUGGUAUGGAGAAUGCCCCUAGAUCCCUAAACAGUGAUAUAUCAUACUUUGGUGUAGGAGGAAAACAAGCCAUAUUCUUCAUAGGCAAUUCUAGCAGGAUGAUCUCCAAGGCCAAAGGAUCCAAUGAUGUCCAUGAAUUGAACAUAUCUAAAGAGGAAUUUGAAAGGAAAGAGAAAAACAGAGAAUCAAUAUAUUCAGGCUUUAUAAGGAACAGAGUCCCUGGUGAUGUGUCACACAUCUCUGCAGAUGAUGAGAAUGUUCGUCGGCUUGUGGCUGAAGAGAAAGACAAAGAUAGUUUCACAGCAGUAGUUGUAAAUGGAGUGAACCCAGAACAUAUUCCAUACCUCAAGAUCGGUGUCAAAAGCUGGACCAGACAGUUAGCUCACAUAUAUCACUACUACAUCCAUGGUCCAAAUGGCAACACAGGGGAUGGCAUUGAUUCAAGGAGCAGCCCUUUCAAAAACAUAGACAUACAGGUGAAAAUGUACUUUAAAGGCCAAAGUCAACCUAAAGUUAUAAACCUUAGAGAUAUAGAUGAUGAUAUGCAGACCCAGUUUAUUAAAACAGCAGCCAGUAGUUUUGAGUUCAAAGCUAAAGUGGAAGGCACUGGUAUGGUAGAAGGGGUCCUAAGAUACCAUCCAUUUCUUUAUGAUAAAGAAACCUAUCCUUCAGAUGCCAAUGACCCAAGAGUUGAACCAGAUCCUGAAGAGGACCACAUGUAUGCUAUGCAAGACACAAGGCCAGCUAGAGGCAAAAGGGCAAUAUUUGAGUGUUACUGGAAUGGACGCCUUAUCCCAUAUACACUCAUAGAUGAUUUUGACUGGUGUGCUACUCCAAAGAAACAGCGCAACAUUCCUCUUGAGUGUUACAACAGAACAUCGGGAGUGUUAUGGACAAACGAUAAGUUCCAAGUCAGUACAAAUAAACUGACAUUUAUAGAUCUGGAGAUGAGACUUCGUGACAAACAGACUGUGUUCAGCCGCGUCAUAUCAGGACAUGAAAAACGUACAGCAAUAGACAAAGAGCUUAUAGCCUGGCUGAAAGAAUGCCAUGAACUAACUGACAAACAGAUCAAGUUUACGGGCUUUGGGGGAACUACAACACGUCAUGAUUUACCACGUUCUAAACAGUCCCCCUGGUCAGUGUUCAGUUCCAUUGAAUGGGCUGGGAAAACAUACAAGAAAGGCCAAAUAAUCAAGUUGUCUAGAACACUACCUGUUGUUUAUGGUACAAUUAAGAAGUUUAUGUUAUAUGGAGACCAUGAAGGAGAUGUGUAUGCAACUGGUGGUGAUAUUGAAGUAACUCAGGAACCUGCCUCACUAUAUGAUGAAGUGAAGGUCUUCCCCCUUACCAAACUAGACAGAACAAUAAGUCCACAACUCAUUAGGAAAUACAUAGAAGAGGAAGAAUCAAAAUUACCGUCCAAACUGUUAGUUACUUGGCCAGAGGGCAAUGAAGUUAAACAUGGGGAGAAACGUGCAGCAGGUCGUACAGUUGGUGACAUCAAGGUAGAGAUAGCCAAUAGGAAGGGAGAGUUGAUCAGUAAGCUACCAGGCACUGCUGGACAGGCCAAGCGUCUUCUGAUGGAGCUCAAAGUCAUAUGGCACUCCAACAAUGGGGAUGAGCAGAUUGUGCAGCACAUAAGCCAGCAUGGCAAGACUUGGCCCUAUUGGUUCAGGAAAAUGGAGAAUGUGAAGAACUUGGGUAGCCACACUUUAAUACUGCAGGCAGUGUUAAAUGAGAGUGGAGCUAACAUGUUUGCAGGAAGAGAACUGCCGUCACACAGGAUAAAGUUCUCAGUCACUGAGGCAGAGCCUGAGAAGUUUGUAGUUGGACUCCUGGAUGGCCCAUUUAGGAUAGGCUCUCCCUUCCAAAUCCCUUUAGAGUUUCAAGAUGAGUUUAACAAUGCCACAAAACCAAGUACAAAGUUUAAACCAGAACUAGAGGCUAGUGGUCUUGAACUAAACUAUGAGAGCUGUGCAAUGAAAGGCAACAACCUGGUGCUCAAAGGCAUUGUGGCAAUAGGCAGUGUACCAACUAACACUGGCAAGAAUUUCACACUAGAAGUAAAGAUUGCUGGACUAGAGUUCCCCACCCAGACAUUGAAGAUCAGAAUGUUACCUGGUCCUCCAAGUAAGAUAUUUGUGAAACAACAAGGUGAGAUUGAGCUGGAGAAUAAUGGUAUCCCUUCUUUAGAUGUUGAGGUACAAGACAUUGCAGGGAACCCUACUGCUCAACCUAAACUCAAUGUUGUAUGCAAGUUUCAAGGAGUGCCAGGUCUCCCAGUAUAUACAGUGGACUGCUCCAAUACAGGGGGUGGCACUCUGACUGGUGAUCCUAUACAAAUCAAACACAUGAAAGGAGAACAGAAACUCAUAGCAAAAAUAGAAUUACCUGGUGUUAAAGGUGUUAACCCGACUGAAAGGAUCCUAAGAGUGUUACCCAGCAGUCGACCAUCUACCCUUAUACUGACCUACACAGGGGAGGAUGAGCAAGUUGUGGCCAUCAAGAAUAACCAAGAGUUGCACCGGACUGCAGGGGACUACCUUAAGGGAUUAGCAUUCAAAGUGAAAGAUGAGGCAGGGAAGGAUAUUGAUAUUGACAAAAAAUUAGCUGAUAAGAUUAAGGUAAACUGGACAUCCCUGAAAAACUUAAAGGAGUUUAUUCUGAAGGGGACCUUACCUGAUGUUCGUGUCCCAAACUCAAGUGCCGACAGCAAAUAUUGCCAUAUGAACUUCACAGAUGGUUCAGGGCUUGACUUCUCAUUUACAAUAAGAUCUGAACCUGGUAAAGCUGCUAUCAUGAAGUCCAAGUUUGUUGGGGGUGUAGCAAGUGUCCGGAUAGGGGAUGUGUUGAACUCUCAAAUCCACAUAGUAGUCAAGGACAAAUAUGGAAAUGAAGUAAAACAGCUCCCCCCAGAGGCUGCCAAUGAACUAGAGGUCACUGGCGAUGGUCUCAAUGUUCCUGAGGUGGAGACAUCUUCAAAGGGCAGUUGUUUUGUUGUGACGGGUGUAAGAUUUGAGGGUGGUAAUCUAGGACUGCGUGAGGUGACAUUUACCUGGAGGGAUAUAACAGACUAUGUGAGGGUUCAGCUGCAGCCAGGAGCACCUUCCAAGAUUAUAUUACCUGGUUGGAACAUGGAACAGCCAUUAUCAGUGACUAAUCUCAAGAAGUUAUCUACUCCAAUAAUGGUUCAGUUGACUGACAAAUCUGGUAACCCAACACAUGAACCAAACCUAAGAGUGCAGCUUGCUAAAGAUGUCGGCCUCAAGUUGACUCCUGCGCCCAUACCAUUAAAAACUGAUGCAAAAGGUUGUGCUAACUUUGGACAGCCCUGUGUAGAGGGAAAAAGAGGGCUAUAUGAAGUGCAGCCCAAGGCAUUUAUAGGAAGAAAUUGUAUAUCAGGACCCAAGAUCAGAAUAAGUAUUCAGCCAGAUUCAUCUAAACCUUCAGAAUUGGUUGUGGAAUAUGACAAGAAUGUAGAGUUCAACAUUGGGGGAGUUCUCCCAGAUUAUGUAGUAAAGGUGCUAUCUGAAGAUGACACUCCUAUGAACACAGCAAAGACAUCAGCAUUACAUAUGUACAUGUGGCCAAAACCAUAUGCCCAAAAGUCAGAAAAGAUCCCUCCAUAUGCUUUGAAACAGUCCCCAGACCCCAGAAGAAGGAAUGAUGAAGGUGGAGUCUUUAGGUUCAGAGAGAGGAAAAUCCCUGAGAAAGCAGUACCCCAUUGUAUUGUGUUCAGUUACCAGGAUGGCAACAUUGACAUCCAGACCAAUCAGAUCAUGAUUAAUAUUAACCCCGGACCUCCUGCUAAAUUGUGCCCCAAUGAGAACAUGGGAAUGCCAGUGGUGUCCAAUGCAAAGAAUAAAGAUCUGAGAUGCGUUUUCAAAAGUUUAACAUUGAGCAUCCAAGACACCUAUGGUAACCAGGUUGGUGGUGACUUAGAUGGCUCGGUUACCAUUGAGAUCAUAGGAGACAAGAAGACCAGUGAGAUUCCUCUGUUCCAGGGCAAGUCUAAUACUGUCACAUGUGCCAUGACCAAGGGGACUUCAUGUAUACAGAAUAUUUACUUAGAGGAAAACAGUCCAGGAAAGGAUAACCACCAAUACACACUCCGCUUCACUGUUAAGUGUGCCAGCAUACCUAAGAAUAAAGCCAUUCCACCUUAUGAAACAACCUUCCAGUUCCACAAUAAUGUGAAGAAACAGAGCCAGAUGGCCUCCUUUAGUAAGGAGAGGGACACUUUAAAAGACACCAUAGAGGCCUAUAGAUCAUGGUUUGAAACAGCCGAACAACUUGUCAAUGAGCUAACAGUGUCCAAGCAUGAAGCUAACCUAGAAGAACAAAGAUUGAGAAAUGAGUUACGUAAACAGAAUGUUCCUGUUUCUCACCUUGCUUCUCCAAAUACAGUAAAGGGUCUGGUAGCAACACGGACAGCUGAGCGAGACACCAUGUUAGAUAAGCCUCGUAGAAUGUGUGGACUGCAACCAGCUCCUAAACAUAAAGAGGUUUUAGGAAAGAUUGCUCACCUUGCUCAGGUAGAAGAUGCUGCAAUAGCUCGUGUGUUGUCCUGGCACAUGUCGGCAGACAUGGACUGCGUAGUCACAUUAACCACGAAAAAAGCCAAGGAAAUCUACAAUGUCUCCAAUGGCAAACAACAGGUGCUUCCCAUUGACAGUAUUUACAAGAAAAAUGUGCCAGAUUGGAACAGACCGAUGCCUCACAGCAAAGUGAAGCCAGGUUGGAAACCCCCUGGACAUCCUGUUUAUGCAAGACAUCUCCUAGAGUUCCCAUUGGAAGAGGAACAUUGUAGAAUAGUUUUUGGUAUGCUGUUAGGAGACACACUCAUUCUGGACACCCUAGAUCAUGCAAACUCAUACAGACAAGAGAUAGUCAAGUUCACCCACUGUCCCACUAUACUGACAAGAACUGGAGAUCGAGUACGCAGUAAUGGCAAGUUUGGAGGGAUGAUGAACAAGGCAGUGCCAAUAGAGAAGUUAAGGGGGGCUGUAUUCAGUGAACCAUUACCAGUGGCCUACCAUGCAGUCUGCACACAAAUAGAUACCUUACAAGACUAUUGCAAUGCCAUGGAGAGGAACAUCUCAGCAACCAAUGAGCUUCAAGAACAGCUGGAAAAGCAGAAGCAACCAGAUGAACAGGCAAAGAAACGUGAAUAUGAAGAAGCCAAGGAGCAACUAGCUGAGAUUGAACGAAAAAUGGGGAUGAUACCACCAGUAAUGAAGCGAUCAGCAAGCAAUCACGAUGAAGAGCCUGUUGUAAAGAAACCAGCCUUAACACCAGCAAAGUCACCCAAACAAUCAGCCUCCAUGCUCGGGUCUCCAGUCACACCAACAAGACAAAGUACAAGGAAACUUACGAGGAAAACACCUCAUUGAUACUGAAAAUAUCUGAGCUUGUUUCAAAGACUUAAUUGCUCGCCAUAAACAAAUCGGUUGUGUCAUAAGGAUCUCAGACCUGGCCAUACUUGAAUUAUGGACCAGUCAUGUUUUCUUGAACAUGGUUAAAAAAUCAAAAAUCUGGGCCAGAUGGAAAUGUACUUAUUCAAGGCCAGUGUUGAUGUUACACUCUGGAUUUGAAACUCUUGUAUAAACAGCAAACCAAAUGAUCUUCCAUAAAUCUUGCGAAAUAGAGUACAGCAUAACUUGUCUUAUUCAAUCGCCACUGGGACUGGCUGGUGUUCAGAUUGGCAAGUGUUGCAAGAUUAAAAAAUGGAACAAACAAAACAUGUUCACAUUGAGAGGUGCUCAAAUUAGAGAGGUUUGGAUAUACAGGUUUUACUGC